ACUUUGUUCUAGACAUAGACAAGGCAAAUCAUUCCAAGGAGUAUUGCGAGAAGGUGCUAUUAUACAGAGAAUAUGGUUGUUGUGUCAUUUUUCGGUCACCCUACCUGUUUCUCACAGUUUGUUGUAUUUAAAUUUGUUACACUUUAAAUUGUAUUUCGACUUGUUAAGCAAUGCAAAGACAGUCAAUGAUAACUUUAGUAAAACCAAUAUUAAGAGCUAUGCAAGAGAACUAAAAGGACCUAUAUUGACUAUAUUAAGACAAGAAUAUGAAAUAAAUUUAUUUUUAAAUAAUGGUUGAAUGGUGAAACUAUUAUAUUUUUAUUCUGUUUGUAAACUUCUUUUUUCAAAGUUUUUUUGUUUUGUUUUGAAGCAUUGGCGUGCAUGAAUUUUAAUGGCAAAAUUCCAAUAUAAUGCUACGUACUUAUUGAUUGUUUUAUUUUUUUGAUAAUGCUAGUUGGCCGAAGAAUUUAUAACAGAAUUUACAGGAUUAAUGGAUCAGUACGCAUUCUAUGUACAGCAACAGGUUGAGAAUAACAUAGGUAAAUGUGGUCCCAUCAGCCAGGCUUUUAACACAAGUAUCAUUGCUACAUGCAGUGAAAUACUUCUGCCAUUUAAUGGAUUUUGGGCAAGUCUCGGUUGUUGCACUCUUCUCUGCAUUCCGGGUCUUAUUGUGGCAGUAAUCUUAUCCGUAUUAUAUCGUCGAAUAGAACCGUAUCCCGGACCACUUGUCGAUUCGGAAUACAAUUCCGACAGUUACGUCGACAGGGAUAAUAUUCCAUUAGCACAGGUCAACAGAAAGAGAGGAGAGAGACAGAUAUAUGAGAAUCGUAAUGGUUACAUUCAUGACUACAGUCCAGGAUACCAGGAAGCUUCUGUCAGUUUUCUACCCAAUCAUGCCGAAUACCCUAGAGAUGUGGGACCCACCGACUCUACUGCUUUUGCCAACUACCAGCCUCUGCGCCAAUCUUCAUGUCGGACAACACCCACGGCACCCGCCGACUUUUCUCCCACUCAGGACUACAUCAAACCACCACCGUACUACUUUCCGGGACCAUGAGCCAAGAGAACACUACAUUCCUUUAAGACUCUCUCACUGUCAUUCUAUAUUGAUCGUGUGCUAUGCUCGGUCAAAAAUUCAGAGAGCAAUUUUUUUGACAUAGCAUAAUUUUUAUGUAAAUAUUUAUUUUGUGUCGAUUCUUUUUUGAUAUUGUAGUCUUAUUUUUAAUGUUUUAUUUCGUAAGUUAACUAUUUUUUAGAUUAAUUUUCUUAUCUGAUGUAUUGGGACGAGAUUUUUGUAAUGACAACUGCAAUGUGUUACCAAAUUUUUUUUGAAACUAUAACAUUCCAAAGCAUUCUUUAUUGUACCAGAAAUCAAUUAUUUGUAAUUUUCAUUCAAACACCAAGAAUUUAUGGCUUUCGGUCAAUGACACUUCAGUGGCAUUAUCGUUUAUUUAUAUGUAGCUUUUUAAGCCCAUGACACAAUUUUAGUCCAGUAUAUCAGGCAGCUCUCUCUAGUAUUUAUAGUUUGAUUCCGAAACCAUUAAGAAUGUCUGAAAUGCAGUGUACAUUUUGGACAACGUUAAACAUUUCGGAUGCCUCCACACAUGCAUAAUUGCCAUAGAGAAGAAACAUUCUGUUGGCAUCCAUUGAUGCCCUGUGGAAAGCGUGGUACUCUCACGUUUUGGUGUGCCAAAUUUUUAACAGAUUUAGGUCAAUAGUACGUACGAAUUUUACUCUUUUUGAAAAUAUUAUUGUAGCAUGUUAAAUUUUUAUGGUUAGCUUUAUUUUAAUUGUUUAAAUUUUGUCUUAUGGUACAUAUAGUGGUGUUAAAUUAGCAGUUUUUAAUCCUCAAUCCUCAUCUAGAUGAUUGUUUGUUAAUAUGAGCACCUCUUCGGAUUAUUGUAUCUAUAGAAUUUUUAUACCUGUUUCUGCAUCAGUUCCUCCAUUUGUUGUUUAAUUUUGGUAACCGAAACUUAAACGAGCAAAUGAUUUUAGACUCUGCAGUUUUUUAAUCUCCUAUACAAAAAUGAGUUGUAAUCUCGUGACUUCUUUAUACAUAUAUAUUAUAAAUACAUGUUGCGUGUUUCAUACGCAUUUGUGCAGAGCAUUAAAACGUGAUAUUUUGAAUCUUUUCAGUUGUUUAAACAAAAUAUAACAUUCUAAAUGCAUUGCUCAUGACAAAAUCUUUCCCUCCAGAUCGCGGUUACCAAGAUUAAAAAAAUUGUGUACAUAGCGUCGAAUGGCAGUUAAUGUUAAAAGUUUAGAAGGAUCGUGUUGAAAUUUUAAUAGGAAGAAGACGUGCCGUUUCUACGGGGAACGUCUGCUAAAUCCAUAAGGAAGAUCGCGACGUGACUACUUCCCGCGACGCACAAUCGUGUUCAAUGAUGGUCGACGAAUCGAACGUUCCGCGAGUUUCGGUACACCCAUGUGGGAUUCCCGUAGACAUUGAGGACCGUACAUUCGCCCCAUCUGUAAAUAUUUAACCCGUAGAGGUUUGACGUUCAUCCCAUACAUUUCAUUCUAGAACAGUUGAUAUUUGUUUAGAAGUUUGCAAAAUAUAUUUUAUGGCAAUCACGGUGCUUACAUGAAGAGUUAUAUUUUCAACGUCAGUUAACAAUAAAAUUUUGUAUAAACAGAAUGUAUUUUCUAUAUAUAUAGUUCUUUAAAAUCUCUUUAUUUGUGAGUCUUUAUAAUGACACAACCGUUUUUGUGUGCUAAAUAUAUAAAUAUAUAUAUAAUGUAUAUUUCACAAUUUUUAUAUUUUCCAUGGUGAAAUAUUUGCAUAUAAAUGUAGAUCUGUUAAUAUUUUCACAUCUUUAAUGUGUAUUGCAUAUUGCAACUCGUAAAACUCUUGAAAAACCAUGUCAAUUUGUUGCAUAAGCGUUGUGACAAGUGUUUACGAGAAACAUUGCUAGCUCGAGGAGACGCAACUGUCGUCUUUAAUUGCUGUUACGAAUCUCUCGAUCACCUUGCUCAUUCUGUAACAGACGUCAUCUGUGAUGAGGGAUGUAUCCCGUCCAAAAAAACUCCUCUGUUUAGAGGAAAUUGUAAAAUUAAGAAUCUCCAAAUAAAAUUAAAUAUAGUA